CCAAAACCCAAUGAGGAGAUGGAUACAAAGAAUCUUGUGACAGAAGCACCACCAACAAUAUAUUACAUUCCAGACUUUAUUUCCUCUGAAGAAGAACAAAGGUUAAUGAGCAGUGUAUAUGCAGCUCCAAAACCAAAAUGGACACAGUUAUCAAAUAGAAGAUUACAAAACUGGGGAGGGUUACCACAUCCCAAAGGUAUGGUAGCUGAGGAUAUACCACAGUGGUUGAAGACUUAUAUAGACAAGAUUGGUAGACUUGGAAUAUUUGGAGACUGUUUACCUAACCAUGUACUAGUUAAUGAAUAUGAAGCAGGACAGGGAAUUAUGCCUCAUGAAGAUGGACCUUUAUUUUAUCCUGUAGUUUCCACAAUCAGUUUAGGAUCCCACACGUUUUUGGAUUUCUACAGACCAAUAUCUGAGGAUAAUCAAGAUUUCACAUCAUUUGAAGAAAGGUACUUAACAUCAGUCUUACUACAGCCAAGAAGUUUAAUAUUAGUAUGUGAUGAUAUGUAUAAAACCUAUUUACAUGGAAUAAAAGAAAGGACUACUGACAAUGUGACAAACAAAGUGGUUAAUUUGAGUCAAUGUGAAGGAAUAAGUAUUGGAGAAACACUGUCUCGGAAAACAAGAAUCUCACUUACAAUUAGACAUGUACCCAAAACAAUCAAAAAUAAACUUAUAUUUGGAAAAAGAUGAUAUACAACAAAUUUCUUAUUGUAAAAUUGUUAUAUUUUAUUUGUUAUACAAGUGGCAAUAUCUAAUCUUUUUUAAGAUAAUUAAAAAUAAAACAUUAUUCUUCAGUGAAUUUAAUAUCCCAUGUUAAAAAUGUGUUAUUUACUUCGUAUAUGUAACUGUGCAUGUCUGUUGCAUACAUAAUCCUCUUACUCUUCAUUUUAUGGUAGUUUUAGAGUCCUUUGUUAAAACUAAAACUAUUAUUAGAUGCAAAACACAUCACAAGUGUAAGCCUUGUUUUUGAUAGAAAUAAUAUGUUAAACUGAGUGAAAAGGCCUGUUUUGUGUUGUAACUGUUGUGCUUAUACCACUCACAGAUUUAAUUAAUCAAUAUGGAUUUCUGUCCUAAAGGAAGCACUUUUUUUUUGUUAAACAAAACACAUGUUUGUAUAAAAGUUUAUUUAAUUAUAAAUAACAUGUACAUUUACAACCAUUUUAUGUUAUGUAAUAAAUUUCUAAGUAUUGUAUAAAGUACAGUGUAUUGGCAGGUUUUCUUGUAAAUUGUAAUUCUUUAGAUAAUUGAUAAGUGAUAAGCAGACAGUAAGUACAUUCAUCUAAGUAUAUACAGUUAUAAUAUUAUUUUACUUAAUACAUAAAACAAACCGGUAUAGACAAAAUUAUUAAUUUGAACAAAUUGGCAGGAUAUGUUUGAAUAGUUAGCUAAUAAAAAUAAUGUUACUU